CCCUCUCUCUCUCUCUCUCUCUCUCUCUCUCUCUCUGUGUCUACUCUCUCUUUUGUUGCUGUUGUUUUUUACUACGGGUAAUUUAGAUGCUUAAACAGAUUAUGUUUGAUGUCUGGUGAAAAAGCACGCCUUCGGGAGUUAGGGAUGUCCGAUCCACACACCAGGAGUGAAUACAUUCAAGAUUCAACUCAGAUGUAGGAGUAUAAUACAGUUAGCCCCCUUCUUUUUGGCAAUUUUGUGGGGCCUGAAGUGGCUUUGACACAGUUGAGCAAUGGAGGCUGGAGGCAAUUCCCUGCCAUCUGGGCCUGACGGGUUGAAGAGAAAAGUGUUCUAUUUCUAUGACCCAGAGGUUGGCAAUUAUUACUAUGGUCAAGGUCACCCAAUGAAGCCGCACAGGAUUCGGAUGACGCAUGCUCUUCUAGCUCACUAUGGUUUAUUGCAGCAUAUGCAUGUUGUAAAGCCUGCUCUUGCUAGAGAUAGGGAUCUCUGCAGGUUUCAUGCUGAUGAUUAUGUUGCAUUUCUGAGGAGCAUCACUCCAGAAACCCAACAGGAUCAGCUCAGGCAACUGAAGAGGUUCAAUGUCGGGGAAGACUGCCCUGUUUUUGAUGGUUUGUAUUCUUUUUGUCAGACUUAUGCGGGUGGUUCGGUCGGUGGUGCUGUAAAGUUGAACCAUGGUUCCGAUAUUGCAAUAAAUUGGUCUGGGGGUCUACAUCAUGCAAAGAAAUGUGAAGCUUCUGGAUUCUGUUAUGUGAAUGAUAUUGUCUUGGCAAUUCUAGAGCUCCUUAAAAUGCACGAGCGUGUUUUGUACGUGGACAUUGAUAUUCAUCAUGGUGAUGGUGUAGAGGAGGCGUUUUACACUACAGACAGAGUUAUGACAGUUUCCUUCCACAAAUUUGGAGAUUACUUCCCCGGGACGGGGGAUGUACGUGAUAUUGGAUACGGGAAAGGGAAAUAUUACUCUCUUAAUGUCCCACUAGAUGACGGUAUCGAUGAUGAGAGCUACCAGUCCUUAUUUAAGCCAAUAAUGGGAAAAGUGAUGGAAGUUUUUAAGCCUGGUGCUGUGGUCCUACAGUGUGGUGCAGACUCUUUGUCGGGAGAUAGAUUAGGCUGCUUCAAUCUCUCAAUAAAAGGUCAUGCAGAGUGUGUAAGGUACAUGAGAUCUUUCAAUGUGCCGUUAUUGCUGCUUGGUGGAGGUGGCUAUACAAUACGCAACGUUGCUCGUUGCUGGUGCUACGAGACUGGGGUUGCACUUGGGGUUGAGAUUGAAGAUAAGAUGCCACAGCACGAGUAUUAUGAGUACUUCGGUCCAGAUUAUACACUUCAUGUUGCUCCAAGUAACAUGGAAAACAAGAACUCGCGCCAGCUCCUGGACGAAAUUAAAAUAAAGCUUCUUGAUAAUCUAUCAAAACUUCAGCAUGCACCAAGUGUGCAGUUCCAGGAGAGACCACCCGAUACUGAGAUCCCAGAGGCAGAUGAGGAUCAAGAAGACGAAGAUGAUAGAUGGGGUCGUGAUUCCGAUAUGGAUGUUGUUGAUGACUGUAAGCCGUUGUCAGGUAGGGUGAAGAGGGAAUAUCUUGAGCCUAAAGCCAUGGAGGAUCAAAAAGAAGUGGAAUAUGCAAGGGAAACAGAUACAGAAACAAAGGCUUCUUAUUCGGGAUCGAUGUUAAUUGAUGAGCCACAGAUAAAACUGGAACAAGACAACAUAAACAAGUCGUCUGAUCAGCCCGCUGAGAUGAAUUCAUGAGUAACCAUUUCAUACCCGGACACGAAUACCUUGUAUUUUGUGAAGUUUAUUACUUGCUCCGACUGUUACUUGGACGUAUUUUUUUAAUUGGGUUAAUGUUGUAUGGAUGGCCAUUGUCUAGAGAUUAUAAAAGAAAUGGUUUGGUAAUCAUAUUGGAUACUGCUCCAAA